AUGUGUGACACAAAAUGUGAAUGUAUACCUUUGUAAUUAAUAAAAUCUCUUUAAAAGAAACAAAAGAUUUCUGAAAUUGAUUUACAAGGCUGUAAUGUAGAACAUUUAAUAUAAUUGAAUUAAAUAAAACAAGAUGUAGAUAAAUUAUAUUUAGCAUCAAAUCGAAUUUAAAAUUUAGAUUAUUUACCAUUGAAUAUACUCUAUUUGGAUAUUUCCAAUAAUAGUAUUGCUAAUGUAGACUCUCUAUAGCAAUUAUAAAAAUUAAGAGUAUUAAGGUGUGGAAAUAAUUUAAUUGAGCAAUUUGAAAUUCAAUCAGCAUAACUUGAGAUUUUAGAUAUAUCAAAUAAUUAUUUAGAUAAAUUACCAAAUAAAAUACAAAAUUUAGUUUCUUUGAGUAUAUAUGCUAAUUCAUUUAAGAAUUAUGAAAAUGAUGCAAAAAUGAAAUACAAAAAAUUAUAAAUACUAGAUGGUUGUAUUAUAUAACAAUCAUAAGAAACAGAAUAUAUAAUAAAAUUGUAGGAACAAUAAUUAGCAUAGAAAUUUUAAAUGAAUAUAGAUUAUUUGAAUAAGUGGAGAUAAGAAGUUUUCAAAUAAUUAGUUUAAAAUAAAUAAUAUAAAUUACUUACUUUUGAUCAUUUAAAAAAUAUAAAGUAAUUAAUUUAAAAAAACUUUGGACAAAUGAAAUAUCUAUAGAUGAUUGAAAAGAGAACUAAAUAAUUAUAAUAAUUAUAAAAAAAAUUGUUUAAAUGUUCAAGUAAAUUAAAAAGAGAAUAACAAUAAAAGUAACAUGAAUAAUAAUUUUUAAUUUAUUCUCUUAAGCAUCUAUUAGAAGAAGAUAUUUAAGAAGAGAAACUAGAUAUAUUAAUAAAAAAAUGUUCAGAGUAUAUAACUAAAAUGAAAUAACAAAAUCUAACAAUCUAAAUUUAAAUGUAAGGAAUAUAAUAAGAGAAUGAACAUUUGAGAGCAUAAGUAGAUCAUUUUAAAUAAAUGUAUAAUUAAAUAAGUAAUUAUAUUGAUUUAGUAUCUUAUAGAAUAGAUAAAUCUCAAAAAUGAGGAUUCAACUAAUUAAGAUAAGAAUAAAGGUUUUGUGAAUUUGUAUGCUUAGAUUAAGAAUUUAGAAGAAGAAAAAUUAAAAUUAUAAUUUGAAUUAAAUAGUUGUUAAGAAAGAUAGAAUGUUGAAAUACUUCAUAUUAAAGCCUAAUUAGAAUAGUAAAUAGCUUUAUUAAGUUAAGAGAAUUAGUUUUUUAAAUAAAAAUUUAAUCUAUAAUAAGAAGAAAUAAAAAUAAAAAUGGAUUAAAUUUAAUAACAAUAUGAAAAAUAAUUAUAAUUAUAAAAUAAAGAACAUUAAACAUAAUGUGAUAAAAUACGUAAUGAUUAUUAAUAAAUAAUUGAUAAUUAUGUACUUAAGGAUUAAUAAAAAAAUUCAGAUUUAUUGAAGUUAAGAGAUUUGUAAAAUGAUUUAGAAUUGUAAAUUAGAUAAAAUAGAUAAGAAAGUGAUUUUAGUUAAAGAGAAUAUUCAAAUUAAAUAAAAGAAUUAUAAUUAUAAAUUAAAUAAUAGAAAGAAAAAAUUAUAGAUUAAGAAAAUUUAAUAUUACAAUUAAAAUAAGAUUUGUAAAAGUAAUAAGAAGAUGUCAUUAAAUAAAUAGAAUAAGCUAAUCUUGAAUAAUAAGAAAUCUAAAAUUAAUUAUAAAAAACAAUAUUUGAUCAAAGCAAUGAAAUCUAAGAAUAAAAAGCAUCUAAAAAUAAACUUUCAAAAUAAAAUAUGGAUUUAUUAAAAAUGAUUGAAAUGAAAGAUGGAGUAAUUCGAUCACUAACACUUGAAUAAACAAAAAAAAUAGAAACUAAAUAAUUUUAAACUACUUUAGAGUAGAAAUAUCAAACAAUUCCUGAUUAAAAAUUCACCACAUUAUUUAAUUAAAGUGAAUAAAAAGUAUCAACAUUAUCUGCUUAAAAUGAAUUAGAAAGAAAAGCAUUAUAAAUAUUAUAAGAUGAUGAUUAUUGA